UCCUCUUGCCGGAGAAAAGUCACACUACUUGAUUAUUCAAUCUGGGACCUCAGAUUUCUUUUUCAUUAUCUCCAUAGCGUGCACAUGAGCACAAAUAAAAGAGGAAUCUGACAGCCCAGCCUUUUUGUAUUUCUUACUUCUUUUCUAUUUGACCUCACCCUCAUUUCGCAUUUUCAGAUAUCAAAAGGGCUACUAAAAGAAAGAAGAAAACAAGAAAGAAAGUAGCAAUGAGGAUGUUUCUUUUGUUGUUACCUCUUGUCCUUCUUUUGAGUGCAGUAGAAACACAAGGAAUCAGUGUUGUUGAUUUAUCUGCUCUGCGUGAAAUCAAAAACAGCCUCACCGACAUUACUUCCUCUUCUCCAAAUGCCUUUUUUACCAGUUGGGACUUCACUGCUCCCGACCCGUGCUCGUCUUUUGCUGGAAUUACUUGCUCUCUGUUCAUUCCUAAACGUGUUACUACACUCACACUUGGCACUGGCCUCUCUGAUUCACCUGGCCUUGCAGGGAUAUUAUCUCCGGCUAUCUCUAACCUCUCCGAGCUAACUCAACUUGUUCUUUUCACUGGGAUUGUAACUGGUCCCAUUCCUGACCAAAUCGGAACACUCAAAAAACUCAGCGUCAUCUCUCUCACGAACAAUCGCCUAACUGGAUCCAUACCUACUUCCAUUUUCACACUCCCGAAUCUCCAUACUCUCGAUUUGAGUCACAAUCAACUCACUGGUACAAUCCCUGGUUCGAUUUCCGAGUUAUCUUCGCUGAAGGUAGUAGUUCUGGGAUCCAACAAAAUCUCCGGCGAGAUCCCAAUUAUGCCGACGGAAUUACUUCACUUGGAUUUGAGUAACAAUGAGCUAUCGGGAAUGUUGCCGAGGAAAACCAGAAUGCCGUUAACGCUCCGUUAUCUGUCAGUAUCAGGAAAUCGGUUGUGGGGACCACUGAGCGUCCUCGAAUCACUCUCAGAGUUAGUGUACCUCGACUUAAGCAUGAACCGUUUCAGUGGGACCAUCCCUUCAUCACUCUUCCGAUCCACGUUGUCAUCAAUGUACCUCCAACGGAACAAUUUAACCGGAAGGGUCCCACAACCACCGCUAUCCUCCCCUGCCGCCACCGUAUACGGCCCUGGAUCCACCGUGGAUCUAAGUCACAACUCACUCACUGGGGAACUCACAAAUACUCUCGCCGGAGUAGAAACACUCUUCCUUAACAACAAUCGGUUCACCGGAGCAGUACCGAAGGAUUACGUGGAGAGUGUUUACAGUGGAAACACGAGAACUCUGUAUUUGCAACAUAAUUACAUUGCGGAGUUUCCGGUGAAAGAAGGAUUACCAUUGCCGGAUUCAGUAGCAUUGUGUUUAUCGUACAAUUGCAUGGUUCCACCGGUGCCGGUGGGGUUCAUGGCUUGUCCGGCUAGCGCCGGCGAACAGAUAUCGAGGCCAGUGAACCAGUGCUCUGCUUUUAAUACUUCCAUGGCAUAAGUUUAAAAAAUUGAGUUUAAGAAAGUUCAGUUUCUGUCAGCACAGCACAUGAUGAUACAUAUAAUACGUAUACAUAUUUUGAUUAUUCAGUGUU